AUGGAGGCCUGCCAGGUACCCAGGAGCCCCCGGGUGCGGCUGCUGCUGCUGCUCCUGCUUCUCGUGUCCUGGGGCCACCGCACGGCCUCAGGAGUCGCCCUACCUCCCGCGGGGGUCUUCAGACUCCGCACCCCCGGCGGGGCUCGGGCGGGUCCGGCCACCCCCCAGUCGCGGCGGAGCCUGGCGCUGGCGGACGACGCGGCCUUCCGGGAGCGCGCGCGGCUGCUGGCCGCCCUCGAGCGCCGCCACUGGCUGAACUCGUACAUGCACAAGCUGCUGGUGCUGGACGCGCCCUGAGCGCCUGCCCGCCCCACCUCAAUAAAGACCCUGCUGUGCCUCCCGACUGCGCCUCCUUCCUGCGCCUCGUGUGCGUGUGGUGGUGGUGGGGUGUGUGUGUGUGUGUACACGUGCAGGGGGCGGGCCCUGCGUCCGCUACACUGACCUCUACCCCUCCGUCCCCUCUGUUCUUAUCUUUCCCUCCACUCUUUCUCCCCUCCG